UUGGCAUGGGCUCAGUUGGCGGAGAACGAUACGGGUGAUAACAUCCCACCAGUGCCAUAUCGACCCCGGGCCGGAAAACGAACGGUGAUCUUUUGCAGAUUGAAACUUAGUUUUGUGCACAAUGACUUUCUUAGUACGUAUUCUAGUGAAUGUGGGCGUAGUGAUUCUAGUGACCGGCAAUCCACUGUUUAUCGAUCGGCCUAACGUAGUGAAUAAUGUGGAUUUUUCAUAUGCUACUGUUGAUCAACAUCGGAUCAGCUCGUUAAUAGACGACGAAUCCGAGGCACAAAACGUUACCGAAAGAAUUUCGGUGGAAAAGGUGAUUUUAGAUGAUAAUAAUCUUGUGAAACACGGAGGACAAGGAAGUGAUGCCCAACAAGUUGCUUUCGAUGAAAAAGGAUUAACUGAAAAUGAUGUUAGAACGCGACUGGAUGAUGCAGCUGAAACUACGACAGUUGAACAAGCUGCCUCAGAAACAGUUUCUGAAGAAACUGAUGAACCUCAGACUGAAUCGGCAGCUACAGAAACACAGCCCACAACAACACAGCCUACGGUUACAGAAACUGAUACGACGAUUACAGAAUCUGUAGCUACUGAGACGGAAACUCAGUCUACUGUAACAGCGACUGUUACGCAGCCUACGGUUCCGGAAACUACUUCUGCCGAAACAGUAACAGGGCCGACGGUAACAGAGACAGAAACUCCAUCUACAGUAACACCCACUAAAACUACAACCGAACCGACAGUUACUGCGUCUACCACAGAAACAUCAAACGAAUCAACAGUAACUGAGACGGCAACUCAGUCUACAGCUACAUCAACCGAACCUCAAACUACAGUUUCAGUGACUCAGUCUACGGAUACAGAAUCCACCACAGUAACUGAUUCAACCCAAAGCGAGCCAACCUCAACAGAAACGAGUCCCACCAUUAGCGAAACUCAAUCUACAGUCACAGUAACUGAUAGUACGACAACCGAAUCGCCACUAACCACAACAGAGAGUUCGACUGCCACCGGGAGUGAAUCCACGCAGACAGGGACUCAAUCUACCGGGUCAACUGAUUCCACUGCGGUUACGACAACCUCUGAGCCAGUGACUACAACUGUUACGUCCAGUCCGACGCAAACUACAUCCACCAGUACGACUAGUGGAACUCCUACAACAACCUCUGAGCCAGUGACUACAACUGUGACGUCCAGUCCGACGCAGUCUACAUCCAGUGCAACUACACCGUCUGCGGGGACAACCACCACCGUCGUCACGACUGUUUCGACGUCAUCUCCUCCGACAGGAAGCACCACACCAGAUGUGACCACCUUUGUGCCCGAGACUACAACAUCUGGGGCCAGCUUUACGCUCAACAGUGUCACGUUUUUGCUAGUGAGCACGCUGCUGAACUUUGUCCUCGUAACUUAAAGAGAGAUAUGCUGUGAUUUAUCGGUAUUAGAUAGAUUAAAAUACUUCGCUCAAAAUUCUCUUCUCGUUUGUCGCGUUAUAGUAUUUGUAUUAUAGAUAGAAUGCGGUGUUCAUCUCUGGAAUCGUCGGUGAACAGAUAGCAAAUUUGUUGACAAAGCUGACGCUUCAGGUACGCUUUUGUUAAAAAGGACCGCACUCGUUGGAUUCGACGACACGUUUAGUUGGAGAUUGUAGUUAAUUGGUUCAAUAAAUUAUUUAUGUUUGGA